GCAGCAAUGAAGACCCAGUGCAACCAAAAAUAAAUAAUUCCAAAAGAGAGACAAAAGAGGAAAGGACGGGGAAGAGCAAAAAGCCAUGUGAAGUUGGAGACAGAAGUUGAACUCAAUUUUUUGCCUCCUUUCCUGAAAGUUGAAGGUGAGAGGUUGGAGAUUGGAAGUGAGAAGUUUCAGCCCUCUAGUCAUGUGACUGGACUUUCUGGUCCUGCCCAGCCCCCAUCCUGAGUCACCUCAUUAGUAUAAACUCAGAUGUGGUCAGGGAGCCCCUCUUAAUAACAAAGACACGCCUAUCUGGAAGUUCCAGGGAGUUUGGGGUUGUCACCCGAGAAACAGAGCCCAAGAGCAGGUGCAUUAUCCAGUAUAUGACAACAACGCAGAGGGGGCCAGGAUCCUUUUGUUCAUUCAUUUAACAAAUAUUGAUGGAGCACCUUCUGUGAGCCAGUCAUGGUUCUAGGUGCUGGAGAUCCAGCAGGAUAAACAGAUACUGUGGUCGUCCUGGAGUUAAAGUCCUAAUGGGGACAACUGACAAUAAAGAAGAUAAAUAAACUGCAGUGGUGUGUCAGAAGCUGAUAAGUGACAAGGGAGAAAGCAAAGCUCACAUGAGUGGGAGUGCUGGGAGGGGGUUGCGACUUGAAAAAGGUUGGUUGGGGAAGCCUUCGCCUUGUGUAUUUAAAAAAAAAAUUUUUGGGGGGUUGCACUGGGUCUUCAUUGCCCUGCUCUGGCUUUCUCUACUUGAGGCGAACGGGGCCUCCUCUUCAUUGCAGUGCGUGGGCUUCUCAUUGCCGUGGCUUCUCUUGUUGCAGAGCAUGAGCUCCUGGCACACAGGCUUCAGCAGUUGAAGAAGGCGGGUUCGGUAGUUGCAGCUCGCCUUUGCAUCGUGUAUUUGAGCAAAGACCUGAAUGAGAUCAGGUUGAGCCAUGUGGGUAUCUCGGGGAAGGGCAUUCCCGACUGAGGGAACAGCCAGUGCAAAGGCCCUGGGGCAGGAAUGUGCCUGCCUCAGGCCAGUGUGGCCGGACUGGAGAGAGGCAGGAGGAGAGACCAGGUCUGUUUAGGCCACAGUGAGGACUUGGACUCGUGUGGCAGGUGCACGGGUAAGGGGGCAGCGUGGAGCAGAGGAGGGAGGUGAGGGGACUUAGGUCUUCACAGGCUCCCUCAGGCUGCAUAUGGAGAACAGACUGGCAAGUGAGGGCUGAGGCAGGGAGGCUGGUAGGGUGAGGAGGAAACGAUUUUCAGGUGGGUGACGGUGGUGGCAGUGGUGGGGGUGAGAUGCGGUAGGAUUCUGAACACAUUUGGACGAUCAGCCAGCAAACUUGCUGAUGGAUCGGACUGUCAGUGGGCAGUGAGAGGCAGACAGAGUCACAGGUCCCCUCCAAGGCUUUGGGCCCAAACACCUGGAAGGAUGGAGCUGUCACUUACUCCCUGUGGAAGGAGAUGGGGGUUGGAGAGUUGGGGUGGGGUUUCAAGGCAAAGGUGAAGGGCUCAGGGUGACUUCCUCCUUGCCCGAGCUGCGUUGAUUCUAGCCGGAGACAGAUCCACGUUGGAGCCCCCGCGCCACAUUCACUGUGUCCCACCCGGGCUAUCAACCCAAGCUCAGACCCCUUGAGCAUCCGGCCACAGGCAUGAAGGGCCCCCGGCAGAAAUGGUAGUGCUGGCGCCAGCCUGGAGCCCAACUACCUCCCUUCUGCUGCUGCUGUUACUGCUCAGCCCUGGCCUCCAAGGGACCCCCGACUGCUCCUUCCGCCACAGCCCCAUCUCCUCCACCUUUGCCAUCAAGAUCGGCAAGCUGUCCAAGUACCUGCUUCAAGAUUACCCCGUCACUGUUGCCUCCAACCUGCAGGACGUGAGUCACAGACGGGAGGGGCCCAGGAUGGAGGACAAGCUCUGCGGGGCGUUCUGGCGUCUGGUCCUGGCCCAGCGCUGGAUGGGACGGCUCAAGACCGUGGCUGGGUCGGAGAUGGAGAAACUGCUGGAGGAUGUCAACACCGAGAUACACUUUGUCACCUCAUGUGCCUUCCAGCCCCUUCCCAGCUGUCUUCGCUUCGUCCAGGCCAACAUCUCCCACCUCCUGCAGGACACUCACCAGCAGCUGGAGGCCUUGAAGCCCUGGAUCACCCACCGGAAUUUCUCCCGGUGCCUGGAACUACAGUGUCAGCCGGACUCCCCGACUCUGCUGCCCCCAAGGAGUCCUGGGGCCUUGGGAGCCACGUCCCUGCCGGCCCCUCAGUCCCCUCUUCUGCUCCUCUUGCUGCUGCUGCUGCUGCCAGUGGCCCUUCUGCUGCUGGCUGCUGCCUGGUGCCUGUGCCGGUGGAGGAGGAGACGGAGGACACCCUACCCUGGGGAGAGGCGGAGGACACUGAGGCCCAGAGAGAGCAGUCACCUGCCAGCGGACACAGAGUCGGAACUUGGAGGAAGUCAGCUAGAACCUGGUCCUUUCCUUGGCCACACUGCUCCUGUCACUGUCCCUCCGGGAUGGAGGCAACGCCAGCACCCACCAUCGGCUCCCCCUUCCCCACUUUGUACAAAGCCCUUGUCCCCAGGAAAUUGUAUAUAAAUCAUCAUUUUCUACCA